AGCACUGAGCCACUCAUCCCGAAAUCUACAAGGGAACCAAAAAUUACCUUACAAGGUAAAAAAACGAAAAGUGUUGAGAGGCAAUCAAGGCCUCUCCCAACUCUUUUGCCUUCCCCGCUAACCGAGUGGCUCGUCCCUUAUGCUCAGACCAUCGCACACGAUUGCUUCGCGCUUUUUGCCUUUAAAGGCAGAAAUGCGCGCCGCAGAAAGCAAUCGUACUCGAUGUCCAUAGCACGCUAGGUGCUUUAAAAGAAGUCCACAAAAUGUGUGGAUUUGCCACAACACACACGCUAUUUGUCUACUCCAGGGAUUUAAUCCAAUCUCGCAGAUCUUCCAUAAACGCUUCUCUUCUCUCAAACCCUAUCACAAGAUGCCUGCUGCAAACCGUGUUCAUACACCUGUUGAUUGCCCUGUGUGCCACAAGACUGUGAGCCGCAAGGCAGAUCUUCCCAGACACAUGCGCACACACGAUGAAAACAAGGAGGCUCUUAUGCACGCAUGCCCCUUCCCUGACUGCGAUUACAAGACCCUCCAAAAGUCCAACGUGCAGACGCACAUCAGGACCCACACACGCGAAUGCUCCAAGAGAUGCCCUCACCCUGGGUGUGCGUUUGCCACUACCGAUCCGGGUACCUUGACGCGUCACCGCAAGCAAUCACACGGCUACGAGCCCAAAGUCCGUCGCAAUCACGGUGGUAGAGCUGCUCGCCAGUCCGCCACCGCUCCUUACCCCUCCCGUCGACCUAUAAGGGCAGAGGCCUCAUCAGCUGCGCACCCUCACCCGCUGAGAGUAGCGACUCCAGUCUCCCCCAACUCUCGUGCGACGUCGCCGAAUUCUCCUGGGAGCAACUCUUCCCCGAUCUCUCAGCGGACAGCUUCUCCUCCGUUUAUAAUCAGCCCUCUCAGCUCCCGGUCCCCAUCCCCACCUCCAACCACUUCCAGCCACCGACGGUCCCCGUCGAUCUCUCCACUUUCCACAUGCCGCAGUAUGAGUCGGAGCUGUUCCCCGAUUCUCCGAUGCCAACUUUUCGUACCAGCCCGUCUCCGGAAACGAUCUGAACUAUUCCCAACCAGACGUACUCGAGGAGUUUUUGCAGAACAAUGGCUCGGGCUACUUUGACAACUGCAGGUACCAGUACAACACCACGUACCCGAUGAACCAGCCCGCGUCGACGAGCGGAUACAAUGUCUAUUGACAUCUUCACUUGAUAUCCUUCUUUUCGUUGUCACAUACUUUGUUCAUUGCAUCAUCAUUAGCAUAAGCAUUACCUCUUCACUGGAACACGACAUUAUCAUUAUUCUUCAUUUAUAUCGCAUCACUUGCAUCUUCAUACGCACCUUUAGCAUUGCGAUCUUCAC